GUCCAGAACUUCGAAAUUCCUCCCUACCUCCUUUCUUUCACUUGACCGUUGUUCAUACCACUCUUUCUACAUACCACAGCCUUCCUAUUCAAAUCGUUGACCGAGCGACUUCCUUGCCGCCGGACCUGUGUUAUUCUGCGUAGCAUUCCCUUAUGAGACGCACUUCGGUCUCGCUGCCGACGAGAAACGUAGCACACGACCCUCACGAGAAACCCGCUCGAUAUAGUUCCAAAGGCGCGAGUCAGAGCGCCGCAAGCACGCUGGAGAAAAUAAAGACCGCCUGGAUGACGCAAAGUCAGCGAUCCAGGUAUUUAAAGACUGGAGGAAUACUCCUCUUCGUCGUAUUUCUAUUCUAUUAUCUGUCACCAAAGGGAACAGAUCUAUAUGGUGGAGCGACGGGUAUAGGCAAUCAAGAUGGUCAAACUCCUUCAGACUCGUCCUACGGGACUACGAAGUGCUCGAGGUCCAGCGAUAAGUCGAAGCCAAUUGUCCAGUAUGCCUUGAUGAUAGAUGCAGGAAGCACCGGUUCACGCAUCCAUGUAUACAAAUUCAACAACUGCGGGGCGACCCCCGAGCUCGAGAACGAAGUCUUCGAGAUGACAGCGAAGAAAGAAGGAGGCUCGGGACUGAGCUCAUACAAGGCUGAUGCCGAAGGAGCGGCGAAGUCUCUCGAUGUUUUAAUGGAUGUCGCAAUGAAGUCAGUUCCUGACAAGCUCAAGUCCUGCACACCCAUUGCUGUAAAGGCCACCGCUGGACUACGUAUACUGGGAGACACAAUGAGUCAAGCUAUCCUUGAUGCCGUUCGAAACAGGCUAGAAACUGUGUAUCCAUUCCCAGUUGUCUCCAAGGAACAAAACGGAGUCGCAAUCAUGGAUGGUAGCGAUGAAGGUGUCUACGCCUGGAUCACGACGAAUUAUCUUCUCGGGAAAAUUGGUGGUCCUGAUCACAGCGAGACUGCUGCUGUCUUUGAUUUGGGCGGUGGUUCUACACAAAUCGUCUUCGAGCCUACUUUCAAGGGCGCCGUUCCAGAGAAAUUGGCGGAGGGCGACCACAAAUAUAAGCUCACAUUUGGAGGUAGAGAUUUCGAACUUUAUCAGCACUCUCAUCUUGGUUAUGGUCUAAUGGAAGCACGCAAGUCCAUCCAUAAGACUCUUAUUGAGGAUAUCCACACGUUGAACCCAUCUGACUCCACCUGGGUUUCAAAACCAAUCAUAAACCCUUGCAUUGCACCUGGUAUGGCUCGACCUGUUGAGCUCAGCCUUGGAAAGGAUCAUGCCUUGGGCGAAAAGAUUAAUGUCAAUAUGACAGGACCCUCUUCUCCAGCUCCAGCACAAUGCCGCAAGCUGGCAGAGAAAAUUUUAUUCAAAGACGCCGAGUGUGCUCUUGCUCCUUGCUCGUUCAACGGGGUUCAUCAGCCAUCUCUGUCCAAGACGUUUUCGCGAGAAGACGUCUAUACCUUCUCCUACUUUUAUGAUCGCACUGACGCUCUCGGUAUGCCUGAAUCAUUCACGUUGAAAGAACUUCACAGCUUGACCGAUCAAGUUUGCGGUGGCGAGAGUCACUGGGAUGUCUUCGAGAAUGUCCCUGGUGCAUUGGAGGAAUUGAGGGAUCGACCCGAGCACUGUCUCGACCUCAACUUCAUGAUGGCCCUACUCCACACUGGCUAUGAAAUGCCGAUCGACAGAGAGGUAAAGAUUGCGAAGAAGAUUAAGGGCAACGAGCUUGGGUGGUGUCUGGGUGCAAGUCUUCCCUUGUUGAGUUCUGGCUCGGGAUGGCAAUGCAGGAUUAAGGAAGUUUCGUGAUCAGUAAACGAUCGGUAUAUGGUCGGCAUGGCAUUGCAGGCGUUCCGGACAUGUAAUAAGGCUUAGGAUCCAAAAGCUCAUUAGAUGGGUACAUAAUUCAAUGACAGCUAUCGGAUGGUUUCCGAUUGUGUAAACAAUAUGUGUUGGAUGAACAAGCUCUAUAGAGAUAUCUAGAAGCUUAGUAUAGAAAGCUCAAGAGAAUGGUGAGUUCGU